UGGAAAGGCACCGAAAAUAGCCGAGUGGAGAAAACCGUAUGUCCUUCAAAGAGGGCUCUAGGCAGUGACGUCAUCAGAUGUAGAUUUCCAAGAUGGAGGAAUUGAGCAAUCGUAAACAGAUGGAUCCUGCAGAAGUGACUAUCAGCUAGAGAUCUCCUGGACACCAUCCAUUGAGCCAACAUUCAAUAACAGGACUUACAUAUACAUCAGAACUGUUUGAUUCUGCUAUCUACUCUGUAGAAAACAUGUCUGCAGGAGACACCAUAGGGCUGAAUGGGAGACCCAUCCCUGUUGUUCUGGUCAACUCAGACGACCAUACCUUUGAGCUUGACGAAGAUGCUCUUAGGUCAGUCCUCCUCAAGGAGCACAUCCAGGACAAGAAGGUUGUUGUUGUUUCUGUCGCUGGUGCCUUCCGUAAGGGCAAGUCUUUUCUCCUCAACUUCUUCCUGCGAUACCUGAAAAGCAAGUGUUGGUGCUCAUCAGGGAGUACUGUGGGAAAGGAUGAGUGGCUGGGACAGGAAGACCAGCAGCUGGAGGGAUUCUCCUGGAGAGGGGGGUCAGAACGACACACCACAGGUAUCCUCAUCUGGAGCGACCCUUUCAUAGUCACGCUGCCCAAUGGAGAAGAGGUAGCAAUAGUGCUGUUGGACACCCAGGGAGCCUUUGACAGCCAGUCAACAGUGAAGGACUGUGCCACGGUGUUUGCCCUCAGCACCAUGACCAGCUCUGUACAGGUCUACAACCUCACACAGAACAUACAGGAGGACGACCUGCAGCACCUGCAAUUGUUUACUGAGUAUGGAAGGUUAGCCCUGGAAGAUACCAACUCGACUCCAUUUCAGGUCUUGGAGUUCUUGGUGCGAGACUGGAGCUAUCCAUAUGAAGCAGAAUAUGGGUCUGAAGGAGGAAGGAACAUUCUGGAAAGAAGACUUGAGAUUGCAGACAAGCAGCACGAGGAACUCCAAAAUGUGAGGAGACACAUCAAGAAGUGUUUUGAGAAGACGGGCUGUUUCCUGAUGCCUCACCCCGGCAUGAAGGUCGCCACCAACCCUGUGUUUGAUGGCAGACUCCAAGACAUUGAGAGUGACUUCAAGGAACAGCUGAAGGUUCUGGUGCCCCAGCUCCUGGAGCCGACUCACCUGGUGGUCAAGAAGAUCAAUGGUGCAGAUGUCACAGCCAGGGAAUUAGUGGAAUACUUCAAGGCCUACGUGAAUGUAUUCAAAAGCGACGAGCUCCCAGAACCAAAGUCCAUGCUGCAGGCAACAGCAGAAGCAAACAACCUGGCUGCAGUGGCCACAGCUAAGGCCCUAUAUCAAGCAGAGAUGGAGAAGAUCUGUGGAGGAAAUCAGCCAUACCUGAAUCCCGAUGAGCUUGAGGCUCACCACCAGCGUUUCAAAGAGAACUGUCUAGAAAUCUUUCACGAAAAGAAGAAGAUGGGAGGAGAAGAGUACAGUUCUUGCUUUGCUGAGCAGCUGGACAAGGAAGUAGAGGAAGCCUUCGAGCACUUCUCUGAGCAGAAUGAUAGCAAGAACAUCUUCCGUGCUGCACAGACGCCGGCCACGUUGUUUGCAGUCAUGGUGGUCACAUACGUACUAUCAGGUUUCUUUGCAUUGCUUGGAAUGUACACCGUAGCCAACAUCCUGACAGCGGUAUUGUGGGCAUCCCUAGUCAGCCUGUGCACAUGGUCGUACAUCAGAUACAGCGGACAGUACCGUGAGGUUGGCACAUACAUCGAUCUGGGAGCAGAAGUCAUCUGGGAGAAAGUUGUGAGCCAGGCUUACAUGAAGGUGGUGCAGAAGGGUGUGGAACAUAGUAUGGCCAAUAACAGAAAGAAGAAAAACUGAGGAUGACAAUUUGAUAUAAGGCAACAGAUACACACAUUAUCAUCAUACACACAACACACACACACACGCACAUGCACAUGCACACACUCACAUACACACACAUCCAUCCAUACAUUUGCCAAAGUUAUUGACAACAUACCAUGGUGUGCAUCUGUACCAUACUUUUGUCUGAGCAGACAAGAGGACCAGAGACAUGAUCUAAGUCUUGUCUUGGUCUUAGCCUUAGCUUUAACUCUUGAUUUCCACAUGAAUAAUACCAACAAGCAUUCAUUACCUUCAUACCUGUAUAUUUCUUUUGCCAUACAGAAUUCAUUGUAAUAUUUUCAUAUUCUGUGACAUUAUUGUUGGUUAUUUGUUCAAAAAAUAGUUGGCUUUCAAUUAUAGUGUACAUGUAUUCUAAACCAUGGAUUAGCUAAAGCUUUACUCUGUGACAUCUAUCUAUGUUUGUACUAAUAAUUAUAACAGAAUUCUUCAUAAAUCAUUGGACAUAGUCAAGCAAAUGUUCAGUUACUAUACAUACUGUUGCUUUCUACCCACUAGUACUGUUGAUACAUUACAUGUUCAGUAAUUUAACCCCAUUCUGGUUGACAAUGGCCUUGGGAGUUGAGUGAUUCCUUUCACUUAGACAUUUUCUGAGCAAUCUUUACAUAUUUAUGAUAGACUAUUCGUAUCAAAUUCUCCCUGCUGAGACUACCUUGCUGUGUCCUUAUGUUUAUGUCUAUGUACUUCUCAAGCUCAAAAGCUGAAGCUAUAAUAUUCUGUGAUGUUAUAAUGUAUGUGAUAUCCUGACCAAGUUACUUGGAGUGUGCACAUGUUUGGGGACUCUGUUCUAAAAUGUUCAAAAUUUGUAAAGACGUCAUGUCAUGGGUGGGAAAUUCUAAUUACUGACAACAUGGAUUGCUUAAAGAUACAGUUUCUUUUUUGCUGUUGUUAUAACUGUCAAUUUUAACAUUUAAAACACACACUCUUGUAUUUCCAAUGGAAAAGAGAUGGACAGACAUCAUUCAAGUGUUACAAUAAUUGGAAUGCACAAAUAGGUAAAACAAAAGGCUACCACGGUAUUUAUAAAAAGUGCUGUCUGUUUGUUUGCCACUGUCUUCUGAUCUAUGCUCUUUUGGUCAAAACUUGACAACAACAUUAAUGUAAGUUUGCUUUUGUGAUGUUCAUGCACAGUAACUAGAUAAAUACCAUGUCAUACAAGUGUCCCAAUGUUCACUGUACAGUUACCUCAUGUGGCUGCUGUAAUCUCUUUGAUUCAGUCUGACAAAAAGAGAGGAAAAAUUAAUGCUCAGGGCCAGAUAGCUCAGUUUCUAUGUAGCAUUUGAUGUUAAAUUGAUGGAGGCAUGUGUACAGAGGAGUGAUGGUAUUGUUUGCAAUGCCAUUCUAUAUGAAUAAUAUGUUGCUAUGAAAAAAAGAAGAAAAUGCAUGAUUUAGGCAAGAUGUUUUUGUGACUAGAAGUUAGGACUUGGACAUAAUUUAUAUCAGAGCAUUGGCUGUAUUCGUACAUUGCAGCUUGGUCUACAACUUGUCCUAGGAGGACAGAGAAGGGGAUGACCAACCUGACAAUAAAGGCCUGUAAGGUCACAACCAUCCAUUGUUACCACUCACAAUGGAAACCCAGUAUUAUGUACACACUCCCCUGUAUAAUCUGUAAUAGGAAAUAGAAGUAGACUAUAAGGGUCAAGACUGAGGCUUCACAUGACAAUGCUAGGGCUUCAUUCUUCAGACCUAACCUCACAGCUGCUGGGCCAUGUCAUCCUGUGCAUAUGAUGUGUGUGAAGUUGUAAGGUCUAACUAUAAGACCUAUAGUACCAUGUCUCCUCAUCACCCAUGGGGUAUAUUUGUAGCAUCCUUGCAUCUAGCUUGGUUUGACCAACACACGACCGUGAACAUGCUGUGUUUUGAUGUAGGAGUUGUGACAUCUAUGUAAAUAGUCAGCCAUGUUUUGUAAUGUCGGAUUUCCUACCGUGCAGAAAAUGUACAGAGAUAACAACACUUGUACAGCUAAUUUUGUACAUCUCCAUCCUAGAAUUUUGUACUACCAUACUGUUCAAUCAAUAUGUAAUGGAAAUGUUUAUGAAUGAUGCAAAGUGAUGUAUUGUUCUUGUUGAAGUGACAGUAUGCACAGGAUGUUUGUCUUCGGCUCCUCAGUUCCUCAGAUUUGCCUUGUUACCUUCAUCAGUAGGAUAUGAAAUAAAUAUGAUGCAUUUGAAAUAA